CAAAGAUGUCGAUGAAUACAGAAGAACAGUCGAUUUCUCAAGGUAUUAUGAUUCAAAUUUUCUCGUGGCUUCUUGUUAAGUCUUUAAUUCGUUUCAGGUGCGUUUCAAAAUUUCAUAAUUCACUCGUGUUUGAACAAAGUUUCAUGGAUCUACAUUUAUCCAAUUAUUCUAAGAUCAAUCAUGGUAAUACCAAUUUGAUUGCAUAUCCAUACGACGUUUGUUACUCUAUUGAACAAGAGAAGUUUUCUAAAAUUGAGAAUUUUGAUAAGUUUUAUGAUCACACUAAAUAUGAUUGGGCUUGUUUUGAUUACGUUAAUGGUUUGUUUUGCGUAUGGAAUACGCUAUGGAUUACAAUUUUCAAUCCCGCUACGAGAGAAGUAAGAUAUUUUCCCUACUUGAAAUGUUUCGAUGGGAAGUUUACAUGUUCAAUAGGUUUUGAGCCAGAAGAAAACAAGUAUAAAGUUGUUUUGACUAGUGAUGUUCACAAAGGAUUAUCAAGAGCAUGGGUUUUCACUCUAGGUAUAGAUAAAUCGUGGAGGGAGAUGAUUAAAUAUGACAGACAUGAUUUUCAUAUUAUUCCACACAGAUCUGGAAUUUGCAUUAGUGGGACCCUCUAUCGAUUUAAUUAUUAUCCAGAGUUUUGUAUAGUUGCGUUUGAUGUUAAAUCUGAGAUCUUCACAAGUAUCACAAUACCAAUUGAAUUUGGUAAUAAUUUAGACAAAAACAAACGCAUUAAGGACUAUAUGCUAAUAGAGGUGAAUGGAAAAUUAGGAAUUUUGAAUUUUUCAGAGGUUUAUCGUACUAGAAACAUGGAUCUAUGGAUCUUUGGAGAAGAAGAAUGGGAACAUCAAAUAUUUCAAUUUCCAUUAGGAUGGAAUCUUAGAGAUAUGCUCUUUCAUGCCCAAAAUAUUUGCAUGUAUGGUGGUGAAGAAAUUGCAUUUGCAAUAAACAUAGAAUAUGCUUUCUUUUGUUUUUUUUAUAAUGUCAAGAAUAAGAGUUGGAGACAUUAUGAAGUACAAAAUUUUUGUAAUUGGGGUGGGAACAUUUAUACUUAUAGUGAAAGGCUUUUUCCUUUGGAAAAUAUUGGCUCACCAACCAAAAUUGCAAGACAAUUUGACUCUAGUUUGACCAAAAUUGCCAAGGGAAUAGGUGAUUUUGUAAGUUGGAGUGCUCGAUUGAUACAAUGAAAAUAAGUUCGAGGUGUGCGUAUUCAGAGUUAGUA